AUGGAGACCGUCGGGUGGGAUCUGUGUGGGAUGGAGACCUUCGGGUGGGAGCUGUGUGGGAUGGAGACCUUCGGGUGGGAUCUGUGUGGGAUGGAGACCGUCGGGUGGGAUCUAUGUGGGAUGGAGACCGUCGGGAGGGAUCUGUGUGGGAUGGAGACUGUCGGGUGGGAUCUGUGUGGGAUGGAGAACGUCGGGAGGGAUCUGUGUGGGAUGGAGACCGUCGGGAGGGAUCUGUGUGGGAUGGAGACCGUCGGGUGGGAUCUGUGUGGGAUGGAGACCGUCGGGAGGGAGCUGUGUGGGAUGGAGGCCGUCGGGUGGGAGCUGUGUGGGAUGGAGACCGUCGGGUGGGAUCUGUGUGGGAUGGAGACCGUCGGGAGGGAGCUGUGUGGGAUGGAGACCGUCGGGUGGGAGCUGUGUGGGAUGGAGACCGUCGGGUGGGAUCUGUGUGGGAUGGAGACCGUCGGGAGGGAUCUGUGUGGGAUGGUGACCGUCGGGUGGGAUCUGUGUGGGAUGGAGACCGUCGAGUGGGAUCUAUGUGGGAUGGAGACCGUCGGGUGGGAUCUGUGUGGGAUGGAGACCGUCGGGUGGGAUCUGUGUGGGAUGGAGACCGUCGGGAGGGAGCUGUGUGGGAUGGAGACCUUCGGGAUGGAUCUGUGUGGGAUGGAGACCGUCGGGUGGGAUCUGUGUAGGAUGGAGACCGUCGGGAGGGAGCUGUGUGGGAUGGAGACCGUCGGGUGGGAUCUGUGUGGGAUGGAGGCCGUCGGGUGGGAGCUGUGUGGGAUGGAGACCGUCGGGUGGGAUCUGUGUGGGAUGGUGACCGUCGGGUGGGAUCUGUGUGGGAUGGAGACCGUCAGGUGGGAUCUGUGUGGGAUGGAGACCGUCAGGUGGGAUCUGUGUGGGAUGGAGACCGUCGGGUGGGAUCUGUGUGGGAUGGAGACCGUCGGGAGGGAUCUGUGUGGGAUGGAGGCCGUCGGGUGGGAGCUGUGUGGGAUGGAGACCGUCGGGUGGGAUCUGUGUGGGAUGGAGACCGUCGGGAGGGAUCUGUGUGGGAUGGAGACCGUCGGGUGGGAUCUGUGUGGGAUGGAGACCGUCGGGAUGGAUCUGUGUGGGAUGGAGACCGUCGGGAGGGAUCUGUGUGGGAUGGAGACCGUCGGGUGGGAUCUGUGUGGGAUGGAGACCGUCGGGAUGGAUCUGUGUGGGAUGGAGACCGUCGGGAGGGAUCUGUGUGGGAUGGAGACCGUCGGGAGGGAUCUGUGUGGGAUGGUGACCGUCGGGAGGGAUCUGAGAUAG